CGGCGCCGUAAAGCAGCUCGGCCGAACCGACGGCCGAAGUUCCCGGGCGGCGGCAUGGAGGCGCGCUUCACGCGCGGGAAGUCGGCGCUGCUGGAGCGCGCGCUGGCGCGGCCGCGCACCGAGGUGAGCCUGAGCGCCUUCGCGCUGCUGUUCUCCGAGCUGGUGCAGCACUGCCAGAGCCGCGUCUUCUCCGUGGCCGAGCUGCAGGCGCGCCUGGCCGCGCUGGGCCGCCAGGUGGGCGCGCGCGUCCUGGAUGCGCUGGUGGCUCGCGAAAAGGGCGCCCGGCGCGAGACCAAGGUGCUGGGCGCGCUGCUCUUCGUGAAGGGCGCCGUGUGGAAGGCGCUCUUUGGCAAGGAGGCCGACAAGCUGGAACAGGCCAACGACGACGCUCGCACCUUCUACAUCAUCGAGCGCGAGCCGCUCAUCAACACCUACAUCUCCGUGCCCAAGGAGAACAGCACGCUGAACUGCGCCAGCUUCACGGCGGGCAUCGUGGAGGCCGUGCUGACACACAGCGGCUUCCCCGCCAAGGUCACGGCGCACUGGCACAAGGGCACCACGCUCAUGAUCAAGUUCGAGGAGGCGGUCAUCGCCCGAGACCGGGCCCUGGAGGGCCGCUGACCCCGCCGGAGAUAAAGGAUGCAGAGAGCCCCCUUCCCAA